AGAGAUGCAUGCAUACAGUAGAAGAGUUUCGCUUCGCGAAUCGUUUAUUGAAAUAAUAGCGAGGAAGUCAUUGAUUCCAAGGAGGGUCAAUAGGUUAAAAGGAAUCUAUCUUUUCCGGGCUGCAGUGAGACUCGUCUUGGAAUACAUCGAGUGGUUAACCGAAGAGCCCGUUGUGGAAAAAGUCGGCGACGAUAUUGCGAUUAACAUCCGGAGGGCGCAGCAGAAAAAAAUCGAGAAGAAAGCUCUCACCCUGGAGGAUCGCUCUUAUUUAUUAACGAGGCCGGAAGAUCGAUCGGCGGAUGACAGGAAAUAUAUAUACGAGCUGUUUAACAAGUUUCGAAUAUUCAAAAAGUAUCCCGAACGUUUGAGAGAAAUUUUAGCGGGAGUGUGCUUUUAUCAGUACUUGAGAGCCGGCCGCGUAAUCGUGCGACAGGGUCACAAAGCUGAGAAUCUUUACUUCAUAAUAAACGGAGAAGUCAGCGUGUCGAAAGUAGUUACCGAUCGCUGGACCGGUGAAGCAGAAGAGGUUGAUAUGGGUAGCUUGAAUCCUGGUGAUGUGUUCGGCGAGGUCGCGUUGCUGCAUGAAAUACCAAGGUCAGCAACGGUAGUUACAAAAACCACCGUAGAUUUGAUCCUCGUUCCCCGCCACGACUUCGAUGAUAUUUUGCGGUCAUCUUUAAAAAAAGAAUGGGACAAGUUACAGGAUGCGCUGGUACACUUCAAUUACUUUAAAUCCUGGGACGACGCAACAAUACGGGAAUGUUGUAUUCUCAGUAAAUUGAAAGAUUUUCAACACGACGAGGUUUUGUUAGGUGACGGCAAGGGACUGGUGAAUUACGUGCAUUUUCUGUUGGAAGGUGAAUGUCGUUUGAUAGAGCACAUGAUCGUGCGUGAAACACAUUCUGCAUCUGGGACGCGAUACGAACUGUACGAUCCUGAAAAGAGUAACGGGAAGAGGGAAGAAAGACUGUCGGAGAGCGUAGAAACCGCUGCGAAAAUGGACGAGUUUGAAUACGAGUACGAAACUAGCAAAGCAAACGACGUAGACGAGAGUAUCGCCGGAAAUCGAGAUUUCAUCAAUUACGCCCAACUUUUACUAUCGUCGAAAGCAGCCGACAGGAAAAUGGAUUUCGAACGUUCGAGCAUCAUUACGACCACGCUGUUGGACGUUGUAAACGAAUGGCAUAAAAUUACGGAUGUAGCAGAAAUGUUGAUGAGAGAGCCAUCCUCUAUCUCGCAGCAACGCUAUCCGAUCGAUGUGCGAACGAUAUUUAUGCAAAUUUGCACGUUUAACAGGGGUGCGUGUUUUGGCCUAGGGGAGAACAUGAUUAAUCGAAGAAUAGUAGCUACUUCAUCCGUAAAAUGUUUCUUGGUCCCGCGAUAUUGGUUGAGAAUUCACAAUCGUGCGAAUAUUUGGGAACGCGUCAAGUUGUUUAUGGAUUCCAAGUUCCCCACUAAAGAGCAAUUGUUUGAGAAAUUUUUAACAAAUCGCAGAUGGCUAGAGUAUAAGAAAACUUUAACUGAAGACAUAGAUAGACAAAAGCGACGUAUUCGCAGCAAUGUGACGAUACACGAUGUUCCUUACGCUAUUAGGAUUGUUAGCACAUCAUAGAAAUUAUAAUUCUCGACGACAUCGCAAUAUGUUCUGUACCCGUGAAAUUCCUACUCUAUUGUUAA